UUUUUCUUUCGACGGAUCACUCGCUCCUUCUCUCGUCGGCGAAGCAACCGACGAUAACAGUCAGACCAUCCCCGGCCGCGUGGAGCGCGUCGCGUCAGGCGCACGCACCGCCUCUCCCCCACAUCGAACUCCACACGAUCGUAGAGUACCUAUAAUCCCCCGUUUUCUCCCGCGGCUCCCAGCUGAUCACUUUCCUCUCGCGCAUUCCCCUCCCCUUUGCCGCGCGUCAUCUCCAACUCUCCUUGAUCAGCUCGCUUCCCCACGGACCGAAUUCCCCCCCUCCAGUGAACCCGGAGCAGCCAUGGGCGGCGCCAAUAGCCGCGAGGACCUCGACCUCACCUCGUCUUCUGGCGAGGAGGAGGAGGACGACGAGGAGUACGACGCGGAGGAAUCACCCGCAUCCGGGAGGCAGCGGGAGGACCCCCUCCGGACCACCACCCCCGCGUCGAUCGAGCUCCUCGAUGCCAGGCUCAAGUCGCUCGAUCUCAAGUACCAGCACCCCAACGCCGCCAAGCUCUACCUCCACGUCGGCGGCGCCUCCGCCGACGCCCGCUGGAUCCCCGCCGAGCGCCGCGCCACCUACGCCUUCGUCGACAAGGCCUCCCAGGACAGCAGCGAUUCCUCCUCCUCUGAACCUAGGUGGGUCCUGGAGGUGGGCCCGGGGCGACGGGUCACCGCGCCCGUUGGGCCGGAGCUCCAGCUCAAGGCGCUCCCCUCGCAGCGCCGGGCGGACUUCGCCGCGUCCGGGUCCGUGUGGGCGCUGCGGCUGCCCACCGACGCCGCCUUCCGCCGGUUCCGUGAGGAGUACGACCGGUGCCUCUUCGAGAACACGUACGGGGUCGAGGCCACGGACGAGGGCCGGAGGGAGGUGUUCGGCGCCGACUUCGCCGCCUGGGCGCGCCCCGGGUUGGCUGAUGACGCCGUCUGGGCCGACGCGGAGGACGACUUCAGCCCUCCUGCCACAGCCUCGGCAAGGGACCUGCUCGAGGAGUUCGAGGAGGAGGCCGGCGACGGCAGCAGCAUCCAGAGCCUCGCGCUUGGCGCGCUCGACAACAGCUUCCUGGUCGGCGGCGCCGGGAUACAGGUGGUCAAGAACUUCCGCCACGGCGUGCACGGGAAGGGCGUCUCGGUGAAGAUCUCGGGCGGCCGCGGCGGCAGUAGCAGCACUAGCUAUUCGACGCCGAAGAAGGCCCUGCUGAUGCGCGGCGAGACCAACAUGCUGCUGAUGAGCCCUGGUGAUGCCGGCGCACCUCGUUCCAAUGGCAUCCACCAUGUUGACAUCGAGACCGGGAAGGUUGUCACCGAGUGGCGGUUUGAGAAGGAUGGAACUGACAUCACAAUGCGAGACAUUGCCAAUGACAGUAAGAGCGCGCAGCUCGAGCCCUCCGGCUCAACCUUCUUGGGGCUGGAUGACAACCGUCUGUGCAGAUGGGAUAUGCGUGACGCAAGAGGCAGGGUGCAGACGAUUGGUAGCUCCUCAGAGUCACCGGUGCUCCACUGGUCACAGGGCCAUCAGUUCUCACGGGGCACCAAUUUCCAGUGCUUUGCAAGUACUGGGGAUGGUUCAAUUGUUGUUGGUUCUGUUGAUGGCAAGAUUAGGCUCUAUUCCAAGAGUUCGAUGCGUAUGGCGAAGACAGUGUUCCCAGGGCUUGGGUCACCAAUUACUCAUGUCGAUGUUACUUACGAUGGGAAGUGGAUUUUGGGCACCACUGACACAUACUUGAUCUUGAUUUGCACCAUCUUUAAGGACAAAGAUGGGAAAGAAAAGACUGGGUUCGGUGGGCGCAUGGGAAGUAAGAUCGCAGCACCUAGGUUGCUGAAGCUCAGUCCACUGGAUUCAAUCUUGGCUGGGACUGACAACAAAUUCCAUGGCGGCCAGUUUUCGUGGGUAACAGAGAACGGGAAGCAAGAAAAACAUCUCGUUGCGACAGUCGGCAAGUUCAGUCUCAUAUGGAACUUCCAGCAAGUCAAGGACAGCAACCAUCACUGCUACCGUGACCAGGAGGGUCUCAAGAGCUGCUACUGUUACAAGGUUGUCCUCAAGGAUGAAUCCAUUGUAGACAGCCGCUUCAUGCACGAGAAUUUUGCCACAAGCGACUCCCCCGAAGCUCCUCUGGUGGUCGCCACCCCGAUGAAAGUCAGCUCCUUCAGCAUCGCAAACAGGCGCUGACCUUGAUGUUCAUUUCAUUAUGUAUCUUAGUGUUAGAAUUUACAGAUUUUUGUGCAGCUUGAGUACUCUCCUCUUCGGUUGAUUUCUUGCUUGGUUCUUUGUUGUAGAGCUGUGUAUUGCACGUUGUUCUUGAUCCAGAUCUGUUUUCUGAAAGUCUGGAGGGGCUGUUACAUGUAUUUAUUUGUGUUUGUGUGUCCAUCAACAAUGUGUGCUUGCCAGACAUUAUGUUUGACUAUUGGGGUUUCACUCUUUUUUUUUUGGAA